AUGCCGCUGUGCGGCCACCUCCUGCCCGCAGUGGUCAUGCUCCUGGCAGGGUCCUCCGGCUGGGCCUGGGUCCCCAACCACUGCAGGACCCCCCGUGAGGCCGAGUGCAACUUCGUGUGUGACUGCAGGGGCUGCCCCGACGAGGCGCAGUGCGGUUACCAUGGGGUCUCGCCCAGCCUGGGCGCCCCCUUCACCUGUGACUUCGAGCGGGACUCCUGCGGCUGGCAGGACAUCAGCACCGCGGGCUACCGCUGGCUCCGAGACCGCGCAGGGGCCUCGCCGCAGGGGCCGCGGCUGCGCUCGGACCACACUCUGGGCACCGACCUCGGCUGGUAUGUGGCAGUCGGCACACACCGCGGGAGGGAGACGGCCACCGCGGCCCUGCGCUCCCCUGUCCUGCACGAGGCCGCCCCCACCUGCGAGCUCAGGCUCUGGUACCACGCGGCCUCAGGAGAUGUGGCUGAGCUGCGGCUGGAGCUGACCCAUGGUGCAGAGACGCUGACCCUGUGGCGGAGCCCAGGGCCCUGGGGCCCAGACUGGCAGGAGCUGGUGGUGCCCACUGGCCGCAUCCGGGGUGCCUUCAGGGUGACCUUCUCUGCCACACGAAAUGCCACCCACAGGGGCACUGUGGCCUUGGACGACGUGGCCUUCUGGCGCUGCGGGCUGCCCACCUCCCAGGCGCACUGCCCCCUGGGGCACCACCGUUGCCGGAACGAGGCUUGUGUGGAGCACCCCCAGCUGUGUGACGGGGAAGACAACUGUGGGGACCGCUCGGACGAGGACGCGGCCCUCUGCAGACACUAUGUAGCCACCGAUUUUGAGAUGGGCCUCGGCCUGUGGAACCACUCAGAGGGCUGGACCCGGAACCGCAGUGCCGGCAGCCCCGGGCUCCCCGCCUGGCCACGCGGUGACCACACGUGGAACAGCGCGCAGGGCUCCUUCCUCGCGUCCGUGGCUGAGCCCAGCGCCCCAGCAGUCCUCUCCAGCCCCAAGUUCCAAGCCUCAGCCCCCCACAACUGCUCGCUCGUCUUCUAUCACUACUUGCAUGGGUCAGAGGCUGGCUGCCUCCAGGUGUUCCUGCAGACGGCGAGCCCUGCGGCCCCCCAGACCCCCAUCCUGCUGCGCAGGCGCCACGGGGAGCUGGGGGCAGCCUGGGUCCGAGACCGUGUUGACAUCCAGAGCAGGCACCCCUUUUGGAUCCUCUUGGCUGGGCAGACAGGCCCAGGGGGCGUCGUGGGCCUGGACGACCUCAUCCUGUCUGACCACUGCAAGCCAGUCCCAGAGCUGGCCAGUCCACCUCCAGGGUGCUGGGCCCCAGGCCCCUGGCCCCAGCCAUCCAGCCUGCGGCCUCGGAGCUUCUGCGAGCCCGGACACUUCUUCUGUGGGGACCUGUGUGUCCCCCCAGAGCAGCUGUGUGACUUCCAGCAGCAGUGCCCGGGGGGCGAGGACGAGCAGCAGUGCGGCACCACGGACUUCGAGUCACCCUCCGGCGGGGGCUGGGAAGACGCCAGCGUGGGGCGGCUGCAGUGGGCGCGCCUCCCAGCCCCGGACAGAGGGGGGCCCGGCCCGGAUGCCCGCAGGGCUGCUGGGCACUUCCUGGCCGUGCAGAGGGCCUGGGGGCAGCUGGCCGAGGAGGCCCGGGUGCUCACACCCACCCUCGGCCCCUCGGGCCCCCACUGCGAGCUCCGCCUGGUUUACUAUCUUCAGAGUCACCCCCAAGAAGUCUCCUGUAACUUUGAGCGGGGAGCCUGCGGCUGGCACACCGACCACCUCACAGAUGCCCACUGGCACCGGGUGGAGAGCCGUGGCCCAAGGUACGACCACACCACGGGCCAAGGUCACUUCGUGCUCCUGGACCCUACGGAUCCCCCGGCCCGGGGCCCCGCUGCCCACCUGCUCACCCAGCCUCGGGUGCCCUCAGCCCCUCAGGAGUGCCUCUCCUUCUGGUUCCACCUCUUCGGGCCCCAAAUCGGGACCCUGCGCCUGGUGAUGAGGCGAGAAGGGGAGGCAGAAACACACUUGUGGUCGCGGUCUGGCACCCAUGGCAACCGCUGGCACGAAGCCUGGGCCACCCUCCACCACCAGCCGGACACGGGCGCCAAGUACCAGCUGCUGUUUGAGGGCCUCCGGGACGGGUACCACGGCAGCAUGGCGCUGGACGAUGUGACCCUCCGACCCGGGCCCUGCUGGGCCCCCAGGCGCUGCUCCUUCGAGGACUCGGCCUGUGGCUUCUCCGUGGGGGGCCGGGGCCUCUGGACACGCCAGGCUAACGCCUCGUGGGGGCCCCAUGCUGACCACACCACGGAGACAGCUCAGGGGCACUACAUGGUCGUGGACACGAGCCCGCAGGCCCUGCCCCGUGGCCACGCGGCCUUGCUGACCUCGGAGGAGCAGCGGCCCCUGGUGCAGCCUACCUGCCUGAGCUUCUGGUACCACCUGAGCCUCCGCAACCCAGGCACUCUGAGGGUCCACGUGGAGGAGGCUGGCAGGCAGCAAGUACUCAGCGUCAGCUCCCAUGGAGGGGCCACCUGGCGCCUGGGGAGCGUGGACCUGCAGGCCAGGCAGGCCUGGAGGGUGGUGUUCGAGGCAGUGGCCGCUGGUGUGGAGCGCUCCUACAUGGCUCUGGACGACCUGCUCCUCCAGGACGGGCCCUGCCCCCUCCCAGCUUCCUGUGACUUCGAGGCUGGUCUGUGUGGCUGGAACCACGUGCCCAGGCCCGGCCUGGGCGGGUACAGCUGGGACUGGAGCAGCGGAGCCUCGCCCUCCCGCUACCCGCAGCCCCCCGUGGACCACACGUUGGGCACAGAGGCAGGCCACUUUGCCCUCUUUGAGACCAGCAUGCUGGGCCCGGGGGGCCGAGCGGCCGGGCUCAUCAGCCAGCCUCUGCCCCCCACCGCGGCCUCUUGCCUGCGGUUCUGGUACCACGUGGGCUUCCCGGAGCACUUCUACCAGGGCGAGCUGAGGGUCGUCCUGAGCAGUGCGCAGGGGCAGCUGGCCGUGUGGGGCGCGGGUGGGCGCCGCCGGCACCAGUGGCUGGAGGGCCAGGUGGACGUGGCCAGCGCCGCGGAGUUCCAGAUUGUGUUUGAAGCCACGCUGGGUGGCCAGCCGGCCUUGGGGCCCAUCGCCCUGGAUGACGUUGAGUAUCUGGCUGGGCAGCGGUGCCAGCUGCCCAUACCCAGCCAGGGGGACGGGGCGGCGGCCGCAGCGGUGCCGGCCGCGGUCGGUGGCGCCCUCCUCCUGCUGCUGCUGCUGCUGCUGGGCGUCGCAGGCCGGCGCUGGCUGCAGAAGGCAGGCUGCCCCUCCCGGGGCGAGGUGGACGCCAUGGCCCCUGGCUUCGAGAACAUUCUCUUCAGCGCGGACCGCGUCACCCUGCCAGCAUCAGUCACCAACGACCAGUAGAUGACCCAG